AUGUACAUACUCGGGAUUGAAGAUGUUCCUAGGCAUAACAAGGUAACAACAAUGGAGGUGAAAUUGCCGGUGUUUGUGAUGUUGGCCAUGGCUUUGUCCCCAUUCUCUGCUGCUUUUGCCAAGCAGGUUCUCGCGGCUUACUACAAUCCCAAAUGUUACCCCGCGGCUUGUCCAAAUUUCACUAUGAAGAACAGCGGAGUGAUGAUCCCGGGAGUGAGGGACGAAUUGUGGAACAACGGGACGCCCUGCGGGCCGAUGCCGACGGUCAGAAGCGCCAAACCCCCCGACAGAUUACCGCACCCUUGCAAGGACGGUGUCAUCACGGUCAAAGUCGUGGACUACUGCCGGCAACCGUGCAACGGGGUCAUCAACCUCUCCCGCGAUGCCUUCGCGAGGAUCGCCAACCUCGACGCCGGCAAAGUCUGGGUGGUCUAUGCCUAGGAAAGACCUGGAAACCCUUUUCUUGAAGGAAAAACAUAAAGUUCGGGGACGAUCACGAAAGUAAUGUCUGCUUUGAUGAUUUUGGCUUUGCCGGGUUUCGAAGACUAAUUAAAU